AUGGAGAAUCUUGAAAUCGAUUUAGAGAGCGUUAGGCAAAAUUACCGGGCGGCUUUACAAGAACUGACCUUCAAUUCUAAACCGAUAAUAAAUAACUUGACUAUUAUUGCCGAGGAAAAUAUACCUGCUGCGAGGGCUAUUGUCCAAGCCAUUGAAGAUCAAAUUCGCGCCAGCGGUCCGACAGGUGAACCGGUAUACUCGGCUGAAGUCACAGAUCAGAUCGAAAGGGCUUUGAUGAAACAACAAAUGAGAUAUCAAUCGCGGGGGUCGAUAGACGGCGGUAGAUCACAUAUUCACAUCAAUCCAAAUUUUUUAAGCGGUGCCAUCGUAAGUGAAUUUUACAUUAAGUCGACGCAAAAUCAACCACAUCAGCAGGUUUCUCAAGUUCAACCGGUUCAACAGACAACAAAUCAAUGGAUUGAUAACCCGAGGUAUAAUAAAAGUGAAAUGUCGACAUUUUCUGGGAGUCCUAACCGUCAGGGAUACUAUAACUCUCAACAGGCACCCACCCCUCCCUUGCUGCAACAAAAUCAAGCAUUCGUUCCGCCACCAGACCAGCAAAGGCUUUUGCAAGAAUGUCAGCAAUUGAUUUUGCAGCGCCAGCAAUACGCGUUACAGAAUCCCGGGGAUUUGCAUAAUCAAAGUCAACUUGGGAAUCUGCAGCAGCUAUCUGAAGCCAUUCAAAAAGCACCGUUGACAACUGAUCAAUUCCAACAAGUUCGUCAACUUUUCGCCACCCAAUUGUCCAUUCCCUCGACAACCACAACUCAGACAUCCACAGGCAUAUUGCCACCAUCCUCUUUUCCCAUCGCCGCGAGUUCGGUGCCAAUUCACGCACCUAUCUCAACCCCCGUAUCCGUUGCACCUGUUCCCGUUACCACCCCUUCCAUUCAAUCUCACACUUCUCUCGUACCGGAUCCCAAUACUCUAGUUAAGAAUUUGAUGGAAUUUGGGUUGCUCGGGAAUAGCAAUAUCAUUAGUAAUUUGCCCGGAGGCAUUGGAACUGCCAACGUAGGUGGAUUCAAUUUCGGCGGGAAUACCCCCACACCACCACAAUCGGGUUCUGUGGCAGAUGUUCCGACAACCGUGAUGCACGUGAAUGAUCUUGAGAAAAUUCAAUUAACAAGCAAUGAUAUCCAGAGAAAACGGGAAGGGGCUAUUGCGAUUCUCUACGAUGCAUUUCCUUUACAAUGUAAGCAAUGCGGAUUUCGGUACGCUAGGGAUGAAGAAGGUAAAGCGAAAAUGGAUUCUCACUUGGAUUGGCAUUUUCGUCAGAAUCGUAGAAUGAAAGAGAAGGCCAAGAAAACGCAGAGUCGAAGUUGGUUUGUUAGUGAGGAGGAUUGGAUUCAUUCUCGUGAGGCGGAAACAAAAAACUCCCAGUCACCUGCUUUCUUCGAUUUUGAUAAUACAAAUGUCACGAAAAACGUGUCGAGUGUCGCCCAACCGAAAAAGGAUGAAGUAAUUAACGAGUCUACCGUGAUUGUUCCGCUAGAUCCUGAGAAAGCAAGUAAACCGUGUCCAAUUUGUCAAGAAAAGUUUCAAUUUUUCUGGAACGAUUCGGAUGAGGAAUGGUUGUUCAGAAAUGCUGUGGAAGUUGAAGGGAUCAUUUACCACGCGACUUGUCAUGCCGAUGCUCUCAAGAAUCAAGAAAGUGUUCAGGAAGGGGGUGAAGAUCCUCACAAAGAUUCCAAAAAGAUCGACGAACAAAUCAAGAGUAUGACCCACGACAUCAGUCGAUCCCAGAUGAAGGAAACGGUAGAUGAUAAGUUGAGUGUCAAAGAUCACUGCGUUCAAACCAAGUUUCAGUUAACGUUGUACAGAAGCCGGGAGCCUAUAAAAGAAUUGAUAAACGAAGUCCAUAAUAAUAUGCUUAAUACGGAGCCUAAAAUUCCACCAAGGAUGCCAAAUAAUGAGGCAAGGCCUAGCAGGCAAGAGAGUAUGCCACCCUAUAGGAGACAUAUGAGGUCAGUAGCAGAACUUGAGAAUUUCAAGGAAUUGUCCAACUCUCUGGCUCGCAUAUGCGGCAACAACGUUCGAAAAGAGAUCUGUUCCCGUACAUUCACAACACUCCUGACCCGGAUACUGACCGAUAAGGGUACUCAUGAAACUGUUAAAAAUAGAAUACUUGAUUUAAUACAAGAGUGGACCAUUGAGUUUCGAUCUGAUCCGACGUUGAGUUUGAUGGAAGAGACCUUUAAUAAUUUGCGAGCUCAAAAUUUCCAGUUUCCUUCUCCGGAGAAACCAAAGAAAGAACAAAGCGAGAUUGAGAUUGAAAAGAGACGCAGACAAGAAGAGGAACAAAUUCAAUUGGCCUUAAAGUUGUCCUUGGAAAGCAGUGAAAAAAAAUCUCCUCAAAGAGCAAAUGUUACACCAACCAAAUCUACCACACCACAAUCCUCACAGCAAAUUACACAGGAAAGAGAAUUCUCCCAUCUAAAUGUUUCACGCGUGAAAGCUUUAUACGAUUUUACCCCCAGCGAGUCUGGUGAACUCGGUUUUUCUCGAGGUGAUGUGAUUACCGUGUUGGAUAGCGUAUAUAAACAUUGGUGGAGGGGUGAAUUGCGCGGACAAACGGGUAUAUUUCCAGUAAAUUAUGUGGAAAAAUUGAUGGAUCCGACUCCCGAAGAGAUCGCUAAAGAGGCUGACAUGGAGGCUAGUGUUUUCUCCGAGAGUCGUAGCAUUGAUCAACUUUUGGAAAUGCUGGCCGGCCUGGAUCCACAACGUGACAGUGUUACCGAAAAUGAAACCAUUCAGGCAAGAAAUUUUUAUAACCUAUAUAAUUCCACAUUGCCGGUUCGACCAAAAUUGAUGAAACUUAUUGAGAAAUACAGUCAGAAGAAAGAUGAUUUGAUUGCGCUUCACAAAAAGUUCAUUCAGGCAACAACAACAUAUGACAGACUUAUGUCUGAAUCUCUUCGAAAAUACGACCCUACUUAUCUCGAUAGUCCAUCUCAAUAUUAUCAAAAUUCGUCACCGAUCAAUUCCCAAAUGGCUGCCUCAGAUAGUGGUAUGCCUCCAAACACCUUUGGGGCGCAACCCUAUGCACAACAAAAUCCUGCUUUUAUUCCAGGAUAUGUUGAUUCUAAUCCUGCAUAUUACCAACAACAACCACCACCUUCAAAUUUAUAUAAUGUACCUCCUCACGUAGAUGCAGCUACAGGUCAACAAAAUAUUUAUCCGGCUCAACAACCAUCACUGCAAGCGCAAUAUCAACCGGAUAAUGUUUCACCACCAACUCAGUAUCUGCCAACGAUCCAACAAUCUCAAUAUAUUCCCCAAGUUUUGCCCGGUGGUUUGGGUCAGCAGAACAAUUAUCAAACUCAACAGAAACAGCAGUACAUGUCUCCGGCUGCACAAGAAGUGCCCGUGGGUCAACAGAUGGGCUAUCCAAAUCAGCAACCGACGCAGUAUCAGGCUCAGAUUUCGAGUUCACAGGAAAGCCAUGUUCCGGCUGUUUCAGCUCAACAACAGAAGCAACAAUAUAAUCCUCCUGCCCAACAAGAUCAGACGACACAACCAAAUACCUUUUCAGAACAACAAGCGCAACAAAAUCAAUUCACUCCCAAGAUCUCACAGGAUUCAUCCUCGCAGUAUCCUCAGCAAGACCUCGCUAAUGCAUACGCACAAACACCAUAUGCCAAUGUGGAUAAUCAAGAUCGAGCAACACUACAGCAACCUAACUACGCAGCCCCACAACAACCUAUCUAUCCCAACUCUACUCCAUUCCCUGACACAUCCGCAUACAGGCAAACAUCAUCACCGUCAAACUCGGAAGUUCCGAAUUCUCCGUCUGCAAAUUAUUCGUACAAUAAUCCUGUGACACAGCCGAAUAAUGUUCCUUACAAUUUGAAUGUCGAUCCUAAUAACGCUCAAUACCUAAAUCAGCAGCAGCCACAGUCGCUGCAUCAAUUGGCGCAAGCCUACGUUCCUCAACCAUAUACACAACAACCGCCUCCACAACAACCAUUAAAUCAACCACCCUCACAGCAGCGGAAUCAAGGGUAUGACUACGCAUAUUAUUCACAACAAGGUCAACCUCAAGGAGCACAACCCGGGUACCCUCUCAAUAACCAGUAUUCGUAG